UUUCAAAAGUUUGAUACAACUUCGAAGAACUUGUAAAGAAUGGAAUAAUCUAAUUCCAGCAGCUUGUAAGGAUGAAGUCUGGGAAUUUUAUAAAAAAUGGAAAUUUCUACGGGAUAAACAAGAUCCAUUAUAUGAAGAUCUAAUUCCUUGCAAAAGUUUCGAUUAUUUUAAAUUUAAAUUUAGAGAUGAUAAAUAUUUAGUUCCUGAUGAAAAGGAUAUUCAAAGAUUUUCAUCAGAACCAUUUAGGAAACAAAAAAUUACAGUUGAUGGAGACAUUUGGUCAUUGUUUACAGAAUGGCAUUCUAAACCAUCUUCAUAUUGUUUAUAUGAAGAAGUUGUAGUAUUAAAGAAAAUUAAACAUCUUUUGUCACCAGCUCGUGUUAUCUUUGAAGAUAUAGAUGAACUGAAAAAAAAAGCGAAGUUAUCAAGGAAAAUAAAAGAUAAAUAA